ACGUGCAUUGGCUGCACUGCUUUAAAUUUUUCCCACGUUUGCGCGCGUAGCCGACGUAAAUUUAAAGAUGGCAGGGGAUGAUGUUGACGAAGCUAUGGAGACUGAGAUUUUACCAUCUACAAGUAACAGCGAUGCGAAAAUUAAAGAAAAAGACAAUAAAUCUCAAAAUUUACCAUGGAUCGAAAAAUAUCGGCCACAAGUAUUCUCCGACAUUGUUGGCAAUGAAGACACUGUAUCCAGAUUAGCUGUUUUUGCUCAACAUGGAAAUACUCCAAAUAUUAUUAUUGCUGGUCCACCUGGAGUCGGCAAAACUACUACAAUUUUGUGUUUGGCACGUAUUCUAUUGGGACCAGCAUUUAAAGAAGCUGUACUUGAAUUAAAUGCUUCAAAUGAGAGAGGAAUAGAUGUAGUUAGGAAUAAAAUCAAAAUGUUUGCACAAAAAAAGGUAAAUCUUCCUAAAGGAAAGCAUAAAAUCAUUAUUUUGGACGAAGCGGAUAGCAUGACUGAUGGCGCGCAGCAGGCAUUGCGUCGUACAAUGGAAAUUUAUAGUCAUACAACCAGAUUUGCUCUUGCAUGUAAUAACACAGAGGAGAUUAUUGAACCUAUACAAUCACGAUGUGCCAUGUUGAGAUAUGGAAAGUUAACAGAUGCCCAAAUCUUAGCAAAAGUUCUUCAAGUUUGCGAAAAAGAAAAUAUUUCCUACACAGAUGAUGGUAUGGAAGCAAUAGUGUUUACAGCCCAAGGGGACAUGAGACAAGCCUUGAAUAAUUUACAAUCUACAUAUAAUGGAUUUAAUCAUGUCAAUGGCGAGAAUGUAUUUAAAGUGUGCGAUGAACCUCAUCCUUUAAUUGUCAAAGAUAUGCUGGAUGAUUGUAUAAAAGGAAAUAUUUCUAAAGCAUGCACGGUAAUGGAUCAUUUCUGGAAAAUGGGAUAUUCUGCGGAAGAUAUAAUCAGUAAUGUAUUCAAAGUUUGUAAAAAUCAUGCUAUGGAUGAAAAACUGAAGUUGAAAUUUGUCAAGGAAAUUGGAAUAACGCAUAUGGGAAUAGUAGAAGGUAUCAAUAGUUUGUUACAAUUACACGGUCUCGUGGCAAAACUUUGCCGCGUAUGUGUAUCGAAAUAAUUGAUUAUAUUCUAUUGUUUUUUAAUAAACAUUUAUAUAUUUUUAUUAUGCGUUUUUUUCAUUAUAUAUAAACUACUUUUUGUAGUUUUAUCAAUUCUGGAAAUAUUGUGUCAAAAUAAUUUCUCUAGAAACAUUGUUUUAUUUAGAUACUUACAAAAUAGAAUGUAUAUUAUAGUCCAUAUUCAAUCUAAAUAUGUUGUACAUUGCAUACAACACUGUACAACAUAUUGAUGCACAUAGUUCCUCGAAUACUUUGUCAUAAGUAGUGCUAGGACUAGCAAUUUUAAGAAACGAAAAUUUAUUUUUGCACAGUAACUUAUUACUAUUUUACAAAAAUGUAAAAAAAGAACUUAUAAACCACUAUAUAUGCAUUCUUAGUCUGUAACAGUAUUGAUGCUAAAAAUAAAGAUCAUAAACAUGCAUUUUAAUGUUAAAA